AUCAUUGUGCAUAUAUUCCAUAAAUAAUAUGAUUUUAUUAGUAUAUUUCUGGAGAAUAUGUACAAAAUUCAGAAAUUGCCGAAGCAAGGCAAAUAUUUGGAAAUAAAUUGGAUAAAUAUGUGUUAAAUACACUGUAUAGGAAAGAUCGAUUGAUAAACAUUACACAGUUGAGUAUUACUGAUUGUUCCUUGUCAAAGGUAUGUUAAUUAUUACUUUGAGAAGUUUAGGAAACAAAUUUAAUGAAAAUUAAUUCCAGGUCGAUCUUUCUGCUGAACUUUUACCACAAUUAGAGAGUCUAGACUUGAGUAGGAAUCAGAUAACUUAUUUAUGGGGUCUCUAUUCUUUUCCAUACUUGCGUACAUUGUGUUUAAGUUACAAUCGUCUCGAAACAUUAGAUGGAAAUGGUUUUGAAAAAAGUAACUGUACAUUUUCAAAAUUGUACACUUUGUUUCUAGAUCAUAAUUGCAUUAAAUCAAUAAUGAAUCUCAGUAAAAAGCUACCAGUGAUCAAACAUCUGUUUCUAAAUAAUAAUUAUCUUCAAAAUAUUAAUGGGAUAAAUCAUUGUUCCACAUUGGAAUCUUUAUUUUUGGAUUACAACGAAAUUAGGAUGCUAAACAAGGAUGAUUUUAUUGAAAAUAAUAACCUAAAGGUUCUGUCUUUCGAAAAUAAUAAAAUAAAAUCAUUGGAAUUUAUAAAAGUAUUGCAAAAGUUACAGAAACUUUAUGCUGCCAACAAUUGUUUAACAAAUGAACAUGAAAUACAAUAUUUAUCAUUAUUGAACAAUUUAGAAGAAUUAACAUUUGAAGGGAAUUCUUUGUAUACAGAAACAAAUAAGAGUGAAAUGAUUCUUCAAAACUUUGAAUUAAAACAACAUGAAGAGGAAGAGCUUUAAUUAAACAAUGUUAAAAUUUUUAUAAUUUAAUUUGAUUUUAAUUUCAAUUCUUUUCGUAUUAAAUAUAAGUUUAAUGUUUUUAUUUGGCUAUACAAAUGCAAAGGCAAUAAAAUUAUAUGAACCACAACAUGUCUGUGUUCAUGUUGUAUAAUUGUACAUAUUUUAAUUUCUAAAUUAAUCAAAUUAUACGCAUAGUCAUUUAAAAUUUUAUUUAUUCAUUUAUACAAAAUUUACUCUACACUAUGCACUCGUGCUAUAGUUUAUAGAGAAAAACCAGCUGGAAAUAACGUUAUAAAGCGUGUUUGUGCUUAACAACAUAUAUCUAACCUUAGUUACAAAUCAUUCAAAACGAAUACAAAUGGAGUUAGAGACGAUAUUUCGGAAAUGUGCUGUAGUAAAUAAAUCAGAAGAAAAGUUGGAAAAAAAUGAACAAAAAGAGGACCAAUACUUUAAAAAAAUAUACGAACAAUGGAAGGGCGCCAAAGCUAAAGAUAAGGAUUUAACUUACAAAGUGAUUCCAAAAUUUUAUUUCAAGUUACCAAAGGAGGAUGAGAUUUUACCACAAAAAUUACGGGAAGAAACGCGAGCAUUGUUUUUACAAAGACGUUCCCGACAAUUGUUAGAUAAUAAUGAACUUAAGGCAUUAUGGGUGUUAUUAGAUAAACAUCAUAGUCCACCUUUGUCAGGCGAAGAACAGUUAAUAAAUUACGAAGAUUUUAAAAAAGUAGGUAAAUUAGCCGGUACUAAAUGCAGUCCGUACUUCACUGCGGUAGUAUUCGCUAAAUUACAACAAGGCGAUCCUCACGGUAGGAUCAGUAUAAUGGCAUUAUUUAAUUAUGUUAUGAGAAAAGUCUGGCUACAUCAAACAAGAAUCGGUCUUUCCUUGUACGAUGUUACCGGUCAAGGAUAUCUUAGAGAAUCUGAUUUGGAGAACUAUAUUUUAGAAUUAAUACCAACUCUACCACAAUUAGAAGGGCUGGAGAAAUCUUUUCAUUCGUUUUAUGUUUGCACAGCAGUGAGAAAGUUUUUAUUUUUUCUUGAUCCUCUCAGAACCGGGAGAGUUAGGAUACAGGAUAUUUUAGCAUGUAGUUUCCUCGACGAUCUCUUAGAAUUGAGGGACGAAGAUUUACCUAAAGACUUGCAAGAAGCAAAUUGGUUUUCAGCCCCAUCUGCGCUUAAAGUUUACGGACAAUAUCUUAACCUCGACAGAGAUCACAAUGGGAUGCUCAAUAAAGAAGAACUUGCAGGAUAUGGCACAGGAACCUUGACCGGAGUAUUUCUCGAGAGAGUAUUUCAAGAAUGCUUGACUUACGAGGGAGAAAUGGAUUACAAAACAUAUUUAGACUUUGUCUUAGCGUUAGAAAAUCGCCACGAACCACAAAGCUUGCAUUAUUUAUUUAGAAUUCUCGAUAUUAAUAAUCGUGGCUAUCUCGAUACUUUUUGCCUUAAUUACUUUUUUCGUGCUAUUCAAGAACAAAUGACAAUGCAUGGCCAGGAACCAGUGACCUUCGAAAACGUUAAAGAUGAAAUAUUCGACAUGGUAAAACCAGCAGACCCCUGUAAAAUUACUUUACAAGACUUACUAUCCUGUGGUCAAGGUGACACAAUGGUCAGUAUUUUAAUAGAAUUCCAUGGCUUCUGGGCUUAUGAGAAUCGCGAAGCCAUGGCUGCUGAUACCGGUGACGAAUCCUCCCACGUUUAAAAGAUAAACAGGAAUUAUGACACAUUCCUGUUAUUGCUCAGUAUAUCCUCCGAUAUAGUUGGCAAUUUAUGAGUAUUUUUAAAC